AUGAUAUUUAAUUUAGACGUCUGGAUAAUUUCAGCUGGUGUUUUAAGUCUUACUUUGGUGAUUAUAUUUUAUUGUGUUUAUCGUUGUUGUUAUCGUGCACGUAAAGAUCCGGACGAUGAUGAACAAUUGCUUGAUGACUCAUCUGAAAAUCAGAUACAAGAACCGACCGUAACAGAGGUGAAUGAACGUUUACAACCACAAGUGGUAGAAUCUCAAACAAUUCAUAAAUAUUAUUCAGAUGGUAGUUAUGAUGCUAGAUUAAAGUUUGGUGUUGCCGGCUAUUUGUAUGAAAAUCGAAUUAAUACAAAGAAAUAUCACAAUGUACGUAAUUGUGCAGAAUGUGAAGUUCUAGCAGCUACAAUGGCACUGAAGCAUGCCAAAAAUAAAAUUCGAAAUACACAAGAUAUCAUGUUUUUGUAUACAGAUAAUUCAAAAGUUAAACAGUUGUUCGCAUAUCUAAAAGAGUGUGAUCAAGACUAUCAUCCAGAAUUUAUUAAUGAAUACCAACAAGUUAAAUGCAUAAAGAUAGCUGUACAUAUCGCUGGGCAUUCUGAUCCCAUUGGGCGAACAAUUGAUGAAGAACAAUUUUCGAAAGUAGAUGAACGAGUUAAUGGUGAAUUACGUUCAUAUAAAAGACGCCAUUUUCGACAAUCAUUAUCAGUUUAA